AUGAGUAGCCCUAUAUCAACCUUACCAUAUGGAUCAAAUUCUGCAUUAUAUAAAUCAACAGACUUUUCAACUAUUCCUUAUAUACAAGAAUCAGUUCAUCAUAUUUCACCAUUAUAUAAAUCAAAUCAUUAUAAUCAAUCAAAAUCUAUCAAUGUUAUAAAUGAAUUACAAAAUGUAACUAAUAAAGGAAAUGAUUUGAUUAAUAUGAAUGACGAAGAGAGUAGAUCUGAAAUAGAAGAAGAAGAAGAGGUAGUAGUCGAAGUAGAAGAAGAUGAUGAAGAGGAUUUAUUUACAACAAUAAGAAGUGAAACACCUAGUCCAGCACCAUCAAUUGCUGCAGCUAUACUUAGGCCAAAUUAUUAUUCUAAUUUAAAAGAACAUAGGAAAACAAUUGAUCCUUCAGAUUUUACAGUUUAUACUAGUAUACCAAGAAAUUUAAUGAUGAAUAAAUUGAUCAAUAAAAGUGGGAAUACUAGUGGAUAUUCUAAUGGUAUGGUUAAUAAGGACUUGGAAGAAUUAUUAGAUUUACCUAAGACUAUUUGGACCGCUUGUUUACCAGAUGUUCAGCCAAUCAAUGGAAAUUCUCAUUCUAAUCGAAGUGUUAAAUAUUACAAACGUCAACUACCUCAAAUACCUUCAGAAGUUAAUAAAAUAGAUGUUAGAGAUACAUUCAUUCCUUGUCAAAUAUCCACGUCUAUAGGAAUAAAAAAAGGAAGAGAUAAUCUGUUAACAGACGUCUUGAAGAUGAACAAUACAAAAUCCGGUUUUAUGAGUAUACCACAAAAGAAUGAAAAAUCUCAAAUCAAUGAAGAUAUUUCUGUUAUUGUAUAUCAACCACCAUCUAUUGAUCCACAUGGUCCUGCACCUAAUCCACCUGUAUAUUGUUCAUCAUUUCCUCCAUCUAAUCUAUGGUCUUCAAGGCAUAAUAAUAGUCAUAAUAAUAUAGAAUCUACUGAAAUCAAUAAAGAAUUAUCUCAAAUGUAUUUAAAACAAUCAACAACUCCAAGACAAAAUUGGUUAAAUCAGCUAGUUAUUAAUGAUUUAAAUGAAUCAAUGAUGAAAUAUAAAUCGAUUGAUGAAGAUUGGUCACAUCUUGAUCUUCCAUUAAAACAUUUAGCACCUUCAUCAUCAUCACCAUCAUCGUCACCAUCACCAUCAUCAUCAUCAUCACCACCACCUCCACCAGCACCUAAACCUAUUUUAUUAAAUAUCAAUGAAGAUUUAUCAAAAUUCAAUUAUUGAAAAUGAUAUUCAUUAGAAUAGAGAACUGAAAUCUCUGAAUAAAACUUUCAAUGAAUCCAUGGCAUUUUCAUUCAUCAAUUGGAUUGAUAUAUCCUAACAAACAUAAUCAUCAAUCUCCCUCUCCCCCCUCUCACUCACGUUUCUAUGGAUCAGUGUAUUCAUUCGUUAUUUUCUUUUCUUUCUUUCUUUCUUUUCUUUUCUUUUUUUAAAGAGAAAAAAAAACCUGUAUUCCCUUAGUUCUAUUGUAGAAAAUUGUAUGUAUGUAUGUAUGUAUGUAUGUAUAAUGAUUUGUGUGUAUAUUAUAGAAUAGUUUCAUAGAAGAGAAAUAAAAAUCCCUAUUUAUGCUCAACACUAAUUCAGAUGUAAAUGUGUUCCUUCAAACUAAUCAACCAACCAACAAAGAAAGAAACAAAGAAAGAAAAAGACAUUCCAUUUGCUCAUCCAAUUUUCUCUUUUUUGGGGAGAGGGGAGAGGGGGAAGGGAGUAGGAGUCUUAACUCAUUUACAAUUUUUUUGUUCUUGAGUUCAAUCUUUUUGUUGAGUAGGUUCUUUUUGUUUAUUUACAUAUACAUAUUGAAUAUGAUUUUAAUUAUUAUUUUUUAUUAUGAUUAUGAUUAUGAUCAAAUGUCUUUCUAUCUAAUUGAUGAAUGUUUAUUAGCUCGAAUCCUUUAAUUCAUCCAUGUAGAAUACAGCACUUAUUAUUAUUAUUAUUAUUAUACUUAUGAGUGUAAUCCUUUUUAGAAUUAUGAUUAGUAUUUUGUUGUUUGGAUUGUAAUUAAAUGAAAAAAAAGGCACACAAUCACUAUUAUUAUUGACUAUUCGUGUUAUAACUUGUCGGAUUGAAUGCUACUUGUUAUCUUUGGUCGUCGGUGAUUAUUGUGUCGGGAACGCUUAUCACUUAUAAUUGAAACAAGUGACCUCUGCAAUUCUCGACGAUAUGAAAGUAAGAAGAACACAAAGACUAUUAUAAGUGAAGAUUUAUUAAUCCCCAAAACACGAUGAUGAUGAUGAUGAUGACGACCCUAGUCGAAAAUACACUGAUUUAUAUAUUGAUUGUACACUGAAUAAUCAUCACAUUGAAUCAUAAUGGAAGUAAUGUGAAACCAAAACUCAUAAUGAGUAAAUUAAUCAAGUUUUAACUAUUCUUCCCAUCAUAUCAAUUACAAAUUGUAAUACAAUAAUUAUGAAUAAGGAAAUAAAU